AUGGAGGCUCCCGCUUGUUAUGAGGACGCCGUUGACGCCAUCUAUGGGUUAAGCAACAAGCCGUUGAUCCAGGGCGAGAAAUGGAUUAAAAAUUUUGGAGAUCUUUCACGGUGUUAUCUUGGUGGUCGUGGUAAUGGCGCUAACAUUGUGUUUCAUGCAGCUUUACGAGCAAUGGAUUAUAAUUUAGGGCCUAUGGAAAUUCGUGGACUGCUUUUUAAUCAGCCUUUGUUGGUGGCGUCCAAAGAACUAAAAGUGAGAUUAAAGGCGCGGAUCCGUCUUGCCAUUGCAGGUACUAGAUGUGUUGUGGGACCUAUCACUGCCAAAAGGGGCGAUCGUGACCAUCGAUUUUCUAAUCCAAUUUUAGAUGGCCCACACAAAAUCAAGAUCAGUCAUUACCGCGAUCUUGGUGAUUGGGUUUUGUGGGGACCCAACCAUCGAUCGUCAGCAACAAUUUGUGCAAUUGCUGGAACUAAAUGGAGUCCACGUGGAGACACAAUUUAA